AGGGGCUGCGAUCACAUGACAGAUGUACAGUAAGUCAGAUAGAGCUUUUGAUUAGACAAGUGACCUGGUUACCAUCUGUAGCUGGAAGUGAGAGUGACGUUUUUGGAAGAGGGAGAGAGAAAGCGCUGCUACUCCGCUCAGGGCGCGGGGGGAAAGUGCAUCAGGGCAGAGCUUUACUACUUCAAUUACUCACAUGGGCAAUGAGUGUCUCCCCCUCCCACCCUGCUGCACACAAACCACAGCUUGAUCCUGAAAAGGUCUGUAAAGUAAAUCCAGCCUCAUCGUCAUCUGAUACAUGAGAAAGCUGGAGGAGCCUGCUGCCGCCGCUGCUGCUGCUGCUGGAGAUUGCGGAGGAAACCCCGCUGUGCUCCCCGUGCCCUCAGAGCCACACACUGACAUGGUGCUGCACACAGCUGUGACUCCGAGCAGGGCCCGCAGACUUUUCUUUAGGAUACCUUAUGGAUCUCUCAGGCGGAGAAGCGGGGAGAGGAUGACGGAGGGGCGGCGAUGUCAAGUUCACCUCCUAGAUGACAGGAAGCUGGAACUUCUUGUGCAGCCAAAGCUAUUGGCCAAGGAGUUGCUUGAUCUCGUUGCAUCCCACUUUAAUCUGAAAGAAAAGGAAUAUUUUGGGAUAGCCUUUACAGAUGAAACGGGCCAUUUGAAUUGGUUGCAGUUGGACCGCAGAGUACUAGAACAUGACUUUCCCAAGAAGUCUGGUCCAAUUGUGCUGUACUUUUGUGUCAGGUUUUACAUAGAAAGUAUAUCAUACCUGAAGGACAAUGCAACAAUUGAGCUGUUCUUCCUUAAUGCCAAGUCUUGUAUAUACAAGGAGUUAAUAGAUGUUGACAGCGAAGUUGUGUUUGAAUUAGCUGCGUAUAUCCUGCAGGAAGCAAAGGGAGAUUUUACAAGUGAUGAAUUUACCAGAGCAGAUUUAAAGAAGUUGCCAGCCCUUCCAACUCAGGCCCUGAAGGAGCAUCCUUCUCUCGCAUACUGUGAGGACAGAGUAAUAGAAUACUACAAGAAACUAAAUGGGCAAACAAGAGGACAAGCAAUCGUGAAUUAUAUGAGUAUUGUGGAGUCGCUUCCUACAUAUGGAGUGCAUUAUUAUGCAGUAAAGGACAAGCAAGGAAUCCCUUGGUGGUUGGGGUUAAGUUACAAAGGUAUUUUCCAGUAUGACCAUCACGAUAAAGGGAAACCACGAAAGAUCUUCCAAUGGCGGCAGCUGGAAAACCUUUACUUCAGAGAGAAGAAGUUUUCAGUAGAGGUGCAUGACCCUCGCAGGGCCUCUGUUACCAGAAGGACAUUUGGACAUGGUGGAAUUGCAGUGCACACAUGGUACGCCUGUCAAGCCCUUAUAAAGUCCAUAUGGGCUAUGGCCAUUAGCCAACAUCAAUUCUAUCUGGAUAGGAAACAGAGCAAGUCUAAAAUACAUGCUGCAAGGAGCCUGAGUGAGAUUGCUAUUGACCUGACAGAGACCGGAACCCUAAAGACUUCAAAACUUGCCAAUAUGGGCAGCAAAGGAAAAAUAAUCAGUGGAAGCAGUGGGAGUCUGUUAUCCUCUGGUUCCCAGGAGUCUGAUAGUUCUCAGUCUGCCAAGAAAGACAUGCUGGCUGCACUGAAAUCCAGGCAGGAAGCUCUAGAGGAGACACUACGCCAGCGAAUAGAAGAGCUGAAGAAACUGUGUCUGCGGGAAGCGGAGCUUACAGGUAAAUUGCCAAGAGAGUAUCCUCUAGAUCCCGGGGAAGAGCCCCCUACAGUACGAAGAAGAAUAGGGACGUCAUUCAAGCUUGAUGAGCAGAAACUUCUAGUGAAAGGAGAGGAAGUGGAGCUGGAACGCCUGGAGAGGGAGUUUGCAAUCCAGUCACAAAUCACAGAGGCAGCGCGCCGAUUGGCCAGUGAUCCACACGUCAGCAAGAAGCUGAAAAAACAACGAAAGACCUCAUAUCUUAAUGCACUGAAAAAGCUGCAGGAGAUUGAAAACUCCAUCAAUGAGUACCGCAUCAAAUCUGGGAAAAAGCCCACACAGAGAGCUUCCCUGAUUAUAGAUGAAGCCAAUCUCGGCAGUGAAGACAGCUUCCUCUCCGAUGCUCUUGUGCUUGAAGAUGAAGAUUCUCAGGUUCCCAGCAUACUGUCUCCUAUGCAGUCACCUCACAAAGGUUUACCACCAAGGCCCCCAUCUCAUGCCAGACCCCACCCUCCACAGUCACUGGAUGGACUGAGACAGCUGCAUUACCAGAGAAAUGACUAUGACAAGUCGCCCAUAAAGCCCAAAAUGUGGAGUGAAUCCUCCAUGGAUGAACCUUAUGAGAAAGUGAAAAAAAGAUCUUCACACAGUCAUUCCAGUCACCACAAAAGAUUUCCUAGCACAGGAAGUUGUUCUGAGGCCGGAGGAAGCAGUUCUUUACAGAAUAGCCCAAUCAGAACACUGGCUCACUGGAAUUCACAGUCCAGCAUGCCCUCCACACCAGACCUGCGCGUACGCAGCCCACACUAUGUUCAUUCAACCAGGUCAGUGGAUAUCAGUCCCACCAGGCUGCAUAGCCUAGCACAGCACUUUAGACACCGGAGCUCAAGUUUGGAGUCCCAGGGAAAGCUUUUGGGCUCUGAGAAUGACACUGGGAGCCAGGAUUUCUACACUCCAAGGACUCGUAGUAGUAAUGGCUCUGAUCCCAUGGAUGACUGCUCCUCCUGUACAAGCCAUUCCAGCUCAGAACACUACUACCCAACUCAGAUGAACCCUAACUACUCCACAUUGGCUGAAGAUUCCCCCUCUAAGGCCAGGGAACGUCAGAGACACAAAUAUAAAUCUAAUGGCAACCUUGUAUCCUCCAAUUCAGGGAGUAUGCCCAACUUAGCUGCCAGAAAUGGUACAGGGCAUCAUGGAGUCUACCUUCAUAGCCAGAGUCAGCCUUCAUCUCAGUAUAGGAUCAAAGAGUAUCCACUUUACAUUGAAGGAAGCUCAUCGCCUGUGGUUGUGCGCAGUCUAGAGAAUGACCAAGAGGGACACUACAGUGUCAAAGCACAAUUCAAGACAUCAAACUCUUAUACUGCAGGAGGGAUGUACAAAGAGAACUGGCAUGGUGAUGAUUCAGUAGAUUCUGUGAGGCUUACUCCCUCCCGCUCUCAAAUUGUAAGAACUCCAUCACUUGGGAGAGAGGGUUCUGAGAAGGGCCCAGGCAGGACUGUGGUUUCUAAUGAACUACGCCAGUGGUAUCACAGGUCAUCAUCAUCAUCUCAUAAAGAGCACAACAGACUUUCACAUACUAGUUCUAAUUCCUCUGACAGUGGCUCCCAGUACAGCAACAGUGGCUCCCAGUACAGCAACAGUGGCUCCCAGUACAGCACAUCUCACAGCACCUUUGUGGCACACAGCAGGGUAACAAGAAUGGCUCCAGCGUGUAAAGCAACAACAGCUGCCUUACCUCAUGGUCAGAGGAGUUCAACGCCUUGUAGUGAUCUCACAGCCACGCCUCCAAGUAGCCCUCACCAUAUUCUAACAUGGCAGACUGGGGAGGCAACAGAAAACUCACCCACGCUGGAUGGGUCUGAGUCUUCCAGUCACCAAAGUACUGAUGAAUAGAGGAGCUACAACGAUAGCUUCUACCUAGACUCUGCUCUGUAUCAAGAAUUAGCUGAUGUCCAGUGGUAUGGACAAGAGAAAGCCAAGCCUGGGACUCUUGUUUGAACCCCCUCAUCACUAUAAUGCCAUUUGGAGUUCACCUCACUGCCUCUCAUUUGCCUUAUCCAGAUGCACUAUCAUCAUCCCACACCAGCUUCAGCUAAAAGCACUUUUCAUUUGGAAACAUGCAAGUGAGAAAACAAGAGCAAAGCCCUGCUUCUGUGCAAACAUCCAUUAUUGGAGAUUGAGCCGCUAAGGACUAUCAUCAUGUGCCUCCAAAUUCUUAUGUAAUGAGAAACUGUGAAAGACUCGCAUUCAUAUUCAGCUGGAAGCAUUUUGUACAAGCCGGGAAUAAAACCAUCACAAAUUAAUCGCUAUUAAUAUCAUUGUAUGGAAGUGACAAUAUAUACCACUAUUGAAGAGUCAAAUAUAGGCCAACAGAGCACUGGUAAAUUGGACAUUUCUUUCUUGCUGGGGUUGGGGAACUAAUAUUUUACUAUUACAGGCGUCAAAUGUUUAUUUUACCUUCUAAGAGACAUAAAGACCUGACUGUGAUGUUUCAGAAUUAUGGUCAGUUUUAUUCUAACCAAAGAUGAAGAUACGAAAGAACGGUUUAGACGUUAAAGGGAAACUAACAUUUAGAGAUUACAAAAAGGAGUCAUAAUUUGAUGUAUUGCCAGAACUUGAUCAGAAUUCUGUAAAGGGGAUUUCUAUGGUGGUAGAACUAUAACUCUGACCAAAGACAAGCCAUGGAUAUGUUUAGCAGUAAGCUUUAUUUUUAUACAGUCGUGUAAAAUCCAAUAAGGUAGCUAGCAACCCAAUACAAUUUAGGCCUCAGAUACCAACUGCCUUCUGUGGCUACUUACCCAGGGCACAACUUACUGUUCAGACUUAAUGGAUCUUCCACCAGAGAGUUUUCCUUUCUCUAGUCAAUUAUUUGGACAUGAAAGACCUUCCUUAUUUUUAGAUGCUAGCUUCCCUUUAUAUUUAAUCAGGCCAUUGUCAAAGUGUCUGUUUUUAAGUACUACAUGUGGAUUGUUUUGCUAUAAGAAGUGUAACGCUACACAGUGAUAUGGUGACAAAUAGUUGUGGCUUGGCAAAAUAUUUUAACAGUGUCAUGGAAUUGUCCUGGGUGAAAUAAGGUUAAGCGGAAUAAAAUCCAAACAAAGAACUGUUUUAUAUCAGUGGCUGGACAGCUCGGCUCCUACAGAUACAUAAAGCUGUUCUGUUCUGUCAAAACACACAAUGAUACAAAUGGGAACAAGUCUCACAGAUGCAAAAUGUUCCACUAGAAACCUGAAGCAGAGCACAUUUGGCAUGAGAUUGCCAUUGUUCUCUUUUUAGCACUUGUGAAGCAAAGGCUUAUACUGAAUUUACUGGUAAUAUUUCAGUUUUAUUCACAGUAUGAGGAGUUUCAGUUCUAUUAAUCGUCUUAGAUAUAUAAGGCCAAGAACAGCUGCUUUUUAACGUCUUAAAGGUGGUUUGAACAUAAUUGCUUUUUUUUUUUUUUUUUAAGUUUGUACUGAUCUUUGUAAGGUUUUUCUUAAUUCCCCUUUUUAGGAAUAUUAACCUUCUGUCUAAUUCGGGGAAGUCAAACUUGGGCUCUUCCUGCUCCCAGAUACUACAACUCCCAGUAUCCCUCAAGAGUUCAAUUCAUUUCAGCUGAAAGUUUCCUGAACUGCUUCUGAAAGAUUAGCCCUGCUAUAGUUCUUCUAUAUAAAAUAAAUCUUCUAUAUAAAAGGUUUGCUGUUUAAUAUAUGAAAUUUGAGAACUCUUGUAAGUUGCAAACACCUCAUGAUGCCAGAAUCCUUUCAUUUGUUGCCAUAACAAACUUAGUACUGUACUUUUGCAUUUUAAACUGCAUAAAGUGUAAAUAAAGUUAAUAGUACCACCCACAAUGCUGUUAUAGACCUAGUUCACACUGUAUCCUUUCCUCUUACUAUGUUUGGUGUGACAUGAGACUUGCAGGAGAGAAUAAAUGCUACAGUAUGUGCAGGUCUGACUGGUCACAUGAAAUUAGUCUUUCAUAUAUGUUAGAGCUGUAAAUGAGACUGUUAAAGGCUGGGUAGAGCAGAUUUCUGAGGCUUAAGCACAAGCAUGCACCCCAAAUGUACUCCUUUUCCAAAGCUAGAAGUAGUAAAGCCACAAAUUAAAAUUUCAGAUUCACCAAACUUGCUGAACCAGGUUGAUAAAGGCAGGCUUUUUAGAAUCAGUUGAACUUUGUGCUAGACAGAAUGCUGCUGGCUGUACAUAAUAAAUAGUACCAUCAUUGUAAAUCUAUUCAUCCAUUGCCAUUUUGUCAUUGGUCCUAUAGCAUGACAACUUAAGUUGGCCAUAGACGUAUAGUUUUGGUUCCCACGAAUGAUGGAUGAUCGUUCAUUCCAAUGGAUUGACCAGCUACAACUAACCAUUCAGAUAGUAGUAAAAAUAACAGAUCACACGAUGCCCUGGCCAUUAAUUGACAGACUACAAUCGUAUGAAAGUUAUGUCUGACAAAUUUUAGUGACAGUCACCCAUUGAUAUUGUCAGAUAGGCAAUACAUGCAGAGAUAUUAUCAGUAGACAGAAAUCUUCUAACCUGUCCGAUCGCCAUGAUACGAAAACAGUCAGAUGAUCCACACAGUCUGAAAAUCGUCAGAUCUUCUUUUAGUAUAACUAUAUCAUUGCGUCUAUGACCAGCUUUAUCCAAGUUCAGCAAGGGUAUUAUAAAGAACUUAGGGGACAUGUACAAUGAAGAUGUGGGUGGAGAAAGGACCAAAACUGUCCCUCUCUGUGCCUUACCUCACUUAGGUGUGUAUUUUGGAAGCAGCAUGUGUGUGGCCAAUGAACUCUGGGCUCACUGUGUUAUGGAAAUAACUGCUUAUGGCAAAUGCACAGGAGAACACAUUGAGCUCUUCUCUGGAUCUAAAGAGAAAUUUUGUGUAUCCGUUAUUAAGGUACAAAGGCUGUGAAACUGCCUACAGUGUGUUCCAUUGUGUACAGUAUAGGUGGAGAACAUACAGAAACACGGGAUAGCAAAUAAUUCUCUGCAAUGGCAAACGUGCAAAGCGCUGGUUAAAACUUUUUAUAUUAAAAUGUUUCCAAGGCUGACACAUGACUGCACCCUUCAAUGCUGGCAUCUGUGGCAAAGGAAGAUUAAAUGAUUUAAGUUUUGCCAAAUCAAUCAAAAUAGAAUGAAAUGAGCAGUUUGAUAACAGCCACAGUUCCCUAUCAUAAAACAAAUAGGGAGAAAAGACUGAUAUGUACAAAUAGAAAUCACCAAAUAAUUAGUUACAACAGCUUCCCUCAAUGUUCUCCUGUAAGCACAAACAAAAACAUAUAUUACAGCAAUGCCAUUUGCUAUCUUAAAAUUUGAUUUUAAACAGCAGAACGAGACAUCCUCAAUGAUUAGGAAUCUCAUUUUUAGACACUAACAGCUGGGCCACAUUCUCAUUUCCAUAUUUGUUCCCCAUACUCAAUUAUUAUUGCUUUUAUCCCUGUAUGAUCAGUUAUGAAAACCAAACCCUUCUGUCAGAGAUACAAAUGAUCACAUUUCCAAGUCCAGUGUUUGAUUCAGUCUGCCAUAGUGUCUGGUGGCUGAUCAGUUUAUAUAGACAAGUGCUAUAGAUAUUCCACUACUGGGGGGAAGCAGUGGUGCCAUUCUAAUGGCAUUAGGAUUCACGUGCAUGUGGAUUUGGUGCAACACUGUUGGCAUUUAACUUUAUACAAGCACCACAUUUACACUGGGGGAAGAGUUUUAUGACUCCACUGAAUGUCUUGCUUGAAUCCAAUCUCUAUGGAUGCCAAAACUGUUCUCCCCCUGCCACGUUGACUAGACGGCUCUACUUGUACAGCCUUUCAGCUCCGAGAGACACUGACAGUAUUUCCAGUGUAAUAAUAUUUACAGUUUAAUAGAGAUUUUGACUGCAAGUCUGCCUCCUCCAGCUUUGACAUCCCUGAGAUGCACAGUAUUUACAACCUUCCUUCCCAGCCAGAAAACUCAGCAGAACUGUGGGGGGUGAUGAACCGCUCAAUCCCACUGAUUUUAACUCACAACCUUUAGGAAGGACAUGCCAUAUGAACUACACGAAGCGGACUGAAGAAGUUUCUGUGGUGAGAGAGUUCUUAGCAUCAUUUAGUCAGUCUCUCCCUCUGUUCUGUAUGCAAUAUAUGCCAAGGCAAGCAAGGGACAUUUGUCUUUUACCUGCAGGUUAGUGGGGAUUUUCUUUUUGCUGUUUUAAUCUACCCAGUAUUGGUUUUAGUUGGGAAAAUAGCAAACCUCUUUUUUCAGGUGCUAACAAGAUGACCAGUUACUGCUUAGUUAACUAGGUGUAAAGUUUUACAUAUAUUAAUGUCAAUAGUUUUAAUACAAGUUGUGCAAAAAUGGACUUUAGCUUCUACCCCACAAGACUUUAGCGGCCAGCGGGGUAUUGCAGGAGUAAUGUGCUGCUCGCCUGUGUCCAUGGAGGGGUUAAAUAAUUUAGGUUGCUCCUAAACCAGACUAUAGAGCAUGUAAAAUUCCUUUUUUUUUUCUGUCGAUCUGUAAUCAAUGAAUAAAAUAUGUAUGUUGUAGAAAAGCUGCAGGGUUUUUCAAAAGAAUCCUGCUAUUAAUUUAUUCUUUUUGUAUUAAGAAUUUGUAUAGUACCUUUACAUUUUGCAAAACGGUGUUGUCGACACUUCCUUAAUAAAGCAUUUUUAAAAUGAA